GGGCCCGGAGGCAGUUGCAGGCAUAGCCCGGGCGGCCGAGCGGGCAGUGGUUGCUGUGGCUGUCGCAUCCCCGAGGGAGCCGUCUCGGCGCACCCCCCGGACCCCCCAAGCCAGCAGGUCGUCCCGCAGGCGGCUGUGCGUGCUCCCGACCUCGCCCGCUGCUCUCCGCUCGCGCAGCGGACCGUGCCUCCUGCAUCAUGUGCGGUAUAUUUGCUUACUUGAACUACCAUGUUCCUCGUACAAGAAGAGAAAUCUUGGAGACCCUGAUCAAAGGCCUCCAGAGACUGGAGUACAGAGGAUAUGAUUCUGCUGGUGUGGGAUUUGACGGAGGCAAUGAUAAAGACUGGGAGGCCAAUGCCUGCAAAAUCCAACUCAUUAAGAAGAAAGGGAAAGUAAAAGCACUGGAUGAAGAAGUUCACAAACAACAGGAUAUGGAUUUGGACAUAGAAUUUGAUGUGCACCUUGGAAUUGCUCAUACCCGUUGGGCAACACAUGGAGAACCCAAUCCGGUCAAUAGCCAUCCUCAGCGCUCUGAUAAAAACAAUGAAUUCAUUGUUAUUCACAACGGAAUCAUCACCAACUACAAAGACUUGAAAAAGUUUUUGGAAAGCAAAGGUUAUGACUUUGAGUCUGAAACAGACACAGAGACCAUUGCCAAGCUCGUUAAGUACAUGUAUGACAAUCGAGAAAGUCAAGAUACCAGCUUCACAACCUUGGUGGAGAGAGUUAUCCAGCAAUUGGAAGGUGCUUUUGCACUUGUAUUUAAAAGUGUUCAUUUUCCUGGUCAAGCAGUUGGCACAAGACGUGGUAGUCCUCUGUUGAUUGGUGUACGAAGUGAACACAAACUCUCUACUGAUCACAUUCCAAUCCUCUACAGAACAGCUAGGACUCAGAUUGGAUCAAAAUUCACACGGUGGGGAUCACAGGGAGAAAGAGGGAAAGACAAGAAAAGCAACUGCAACCUCUCGCGUGUGGACAGCACAACUUGCCUUUUCCCGGUUGAAGAAAAAGCAGUGGAAUAUUACUUCGCUUCUGAUGCAAGUGCAGUCAUAGAACACACCAAUCGGGUCAUCUUCCUGGAAGACGACGACGUUGCUGCGGUGGUCGAUGGCCGUCUUUCCAUCCACAGGAUUAAACGUACUGCGGGAGACCACCCUGGGCGAGCUGUGCAGACCCUCCAGAUGGAACUGCAGCAGAUCAUGAAGGGUAACUUCAGCUCAUUUAUGCAGAAGGAGAUUUUUGAGCAGCCAGAGUCGGUUGUGAACACAAUGAGAGGAAGAGUCAACUUUGAUGACUAUACAGUGAAUUUGGGUGGUUUGAAGGAUCACAUUAAGGAGAUCCAGAGGUGCCGGCGUUUGAUACUUAUUGCUUGUGGAACAAGUUACCAUGCUGGUGUAGCGACCCGCCAGGUUCUGGAGGAGCUGACUGAGUUGCCCGUCAUGGUGGAGCUGGCCAGUGACUUCCUGGAUAGAAACACCCCAGUCUUCCGGGACGACGUGUGUUUUUUCAUUAGUCAGUCAGGUGAGACGGCAGAUACCCUGAUGGGUCUCCGGUACUGUAAGGAAAGAGGAGCCUUAACGGUCGGGAUUACGAACACGGUGGGCAGUUCCAUAUCACGGGAGACAGACUGUGGUGUUCACAUUAAUGCCGGCCCUGAGAUUGGUGUGGCCAGCACAAAGGCUUAUACCAGCCAAUUUGUAUCCCUGGUGAUGUUCGCCCUUAUGAUGUGCGAUGACAGGAUCUCCAUGCAAGAGAGACGCAAAGAGAUCAUGCUGGGCCUGAAGCGGCUCCCUGAUUUGAUUAAGGAAGUACUGAGCAUGGAUGAUGAAAUCCAGAAACUGGCAUCAGAGCUCUUUCGUCAGAAGUCGAUCCUGAUAAUGGGGCGGGGCUACCAUUACGCCACCUGUCUUGAAGGGGCACUGAAAAUCAAAGAAAUCACUUACAUGCAUUCUGAAGGCAUCCUUGCUGGGGAGUUAAAGCACGGUCCCCUGGCUUUGGUGGACAAGUUGAUGCCCGUCAUCAUGAUCAUCAUGAGAGAUCACACUUACGCCAAGUGUCAGAACGCCUUCCAGCAAGUCAUUGCUCGGCAGGGACGCCCCAUUGUGAUUUGUGACAAGGAAGACACUGAGACCAUCAUGAACACGAUAAGAACAAUCAAGGUGCCCCACUCCGUGGACUGCUUGCAGGGCAUCCUCAGUGUGAUCCCCUUACAGCUGCUGGCUUUCCAUCUGGCUGUGCUGAGAGGCUAUGAUGUUGAUUUCCCCCGGAAUCUUGCCAAAUCUGUGACUGUAGAAUAAGGAGCGUCUGAAAACUGAGCGAUUAAGCAACACAAGACACCUUUUAUAUUUAAAACCUUGAUUUAAAAUGUCACCCUUUUAAGCCUUUUUUUUAGCAAAUACUUAUUUAUAUAUCAGUUAUAAUUAUUCCACUCAAUUUGUGAUUUUUUUGUGUGUGAAAUUACCUCAUAUUUUUCCUUAAUUUGUGGGGGAGUUUGAAUAAUGAAAUAUAUGUUGGAAUCAGCAUCAAAGAUUUAGCUCUCAUUUUCUUUAAAGAAUGCUGGGUGUUGAAUGUCUGGGGUCCCCACUUCAAACUGAAAGGAUUUUAUGUGCUGAAAAUAAUUGGCACUUGCUUUACCAUGCUUAUAUUCAGACCAAUGAGAGAGGAGUGUGUUUAAUUGGAAUGCCCCAAAUAGGCGUAGUGCUUUAUGUCCAUCCAGUAUACACUGACAUUUAAUUAAGACCUUGCUAAGUUAUAUAUAAAAAGAACAUGUUGUGAUUUAUUUUGAAGUUUGUCUUUUGUUUUUCAGUCAAGCUCCAACUUGAAAACUCCAAAUGUUUUUUGAUGGGAAUUGUAUCUAAGAUUGGUGAGCUUUUGUGUCUCAAACUUACAGCCUGUUAUCUCCAUGUAGGUCAAAAUAACAUAGGAAUCUAAGUAGUAUAGCUGGACAUUAGUUUUCUCCAAUCCAUACCAGGAUGUGUUUGCACAAUCUCAUAGCACAAACUUCUGAUGUGGGCUGCUGUGGACAGCUCACCAUACGAUUUUUAAAUUUGAAAAUGGGAAAUGGGAAGCACACAGGUAGGGUAUCCCAUUUCCAUCUCCUGAAAAUGGUUUCUCUUUACUUGUGUAUGUAGAUUUAAGACAAACAGCCCCCCACCCCGCCCCAAACAACCAUUGAAUGACAAAUUUUAUCUUGUCUCUAUAAUCAGUACACAAUUACUCUCAAAUGUCUCAAAUGAAUAUUGACAUAUUUAGAAUUCUUUUAAGCCUUUCCCAAGGCAGAAUUUUUUGCAGUAAUCUGAACUUCAUCGUAUUGUAUGAAAUUAGUCCCUUCAUGCCAGUUCUUAGGCUCUUUGCAAGUUUUUGAAGAUUUGCGAGCUUUUUGGCUAUCUGACUCAUAUAUGGCGGUUGAGGCUUAGAAAAAGCUAUAUGCUUGACUGUAUUUGUGAAGGAGUGCAUCAAGUUUCGUGUUGCUUUCUAGCUAUUUUUCUCUGUAUUUUUUGUGUUCUAAUCCCGAAACAUAUUUAGGAACGAAGACAAUACAAAUAAAUAAUACUACCAUGUCUUCAGUUGGUUAUCAGAAAUAAAAAUUUGAAGUUUAGAUUAAAAUAUUUAGAAUACUUACCUGACACCUAAAAAGAUUUGAGUAAUAGAUGUUUUCAUGAUGUUUUUUUGCUCAAUAUUGGACAUUUAGGAUAGCUUUUCAUGUUUUCAGCAAGUCCUCUUUUAAAUGUUUUCCCUUUUUUUUGAUUUGUGAAAGUAUAUUUAGUAUAAUUAAGAUCAGCCUUUUCGAUCUUAAUAAAAGCCUUUUUUCUCUUUUUCAAAUUUGAACUUCCUAGUGAAAUGAAUGUUUCCUAAUACCUGUUGUUACUAGUGAAGCAUCUGAUUUUGUUUGUGUAUGAAGGUUUGAGAAAGAAUAGGCAUAUUUUGAGGCAAUUUGGAAGGAGACUGGAAGCUUGAUCAUUAAGAAAAUAAUAAUACAGGGGUAUUUUGCAUCCUACAUAUAGCUACUGUAGUUCUAUUUAUCUAUUUUGUUUCUAAGAUUAUUUUGUGUAGUCCUAGUAGUAGUAUGUGUGAUAAUUUCUUACAUUUGUUACUUUAUCAUUUUAUGCACAUGAUUUUUUUUUAUGUAUUUGUACUAUCCGUUAAUGUUUAAAGUUUGAAUCAGUGUUCUGAGUGGAAACUAAUGUGAAAUCAAUCAUUAGUUUUCAGAAUGUCUUUUUUUCUGUGCAUUUGUCUGUCUCAAGCAAGGAUAAGUUCUAAACCAAAUAUCCAGACAAUAUCAAGAACAAAGAAGUGAUAUUUUUCAAACACAAUUUCACCUCCUUUUUCCUCCCCCCCACUUCCUUUUCCAUUUAAUGUGAUUUUUUUUAUACUUUUAAAAGUGACAAUGAAAAAAACUGAGUAGAGGUAAACCACAAAUAAAUGUGCAUGAUCAGUUAAAGCCAAUGUAAUAUAAUUUUUUCAAGAAAAAUACUCUACACAGGAACUUUAUAUAAAAACUUCUUUCCUAUAGUAAAAUUGAAGUUUGAAUCUGCUUAUAUAAAAUUUCUUAAUGCAGAUUAUUGAGCUCUUUUUAGAUCCUGGUGGACACAUGUAACAUUCAGUGCAGGGUUCAGUGUGAUUGUCACUUUGGAUGAAACCAAUCAGCAUCUCUCUUCUUAAAGUUCCCUGGACUCUAGACUCUAGAAAUAAUAAGAAGAAAUGAAUGUUAACAAUUUUGAGUUUAACUAUGUAAGCCACCAUUUAUAGACACAUUGCUGUGCUGGACAGUGCAUCCAAUUUUAAGCCAAUCCAAUGCCGUUGUCCCCAGGGGAAGUCCAUAGUAAAGAGCAGGCUGAUUUGGCGCCAGGAGAGAGAGUGUACGUUGGGUUUUAGGGAACUGCAUUUAUUCACUACCAUGAGAAGUUUCAAGUUUUGGGUCACAUUCAUGUUUGUAAGAGGUGAAAUACAGUUUAUAAAUUAAGCUAUUGCCAUCAGUCAUACUGAUGCAUACACAUACCUGUGGUCCUCUAAGGAGCGGCAGUUAUUAAUUGCAACAGUUAAGACCAGCCAGGCAUCUGCACUGUUGCUACUCAGAGGGAACAGACACAGGCUGAGGUGGGGCUGGGCUGCUGGUGAGGGGACCCAGGGUAGGUAUCCUCCCCUAGCUUUCACGAUUGUUCUGACAGGAUAUUGUCUUAUCCUUUUGAACAUGGUCUCUUGGUCCAAGUUCAUUAUGGGCAUGGUGGAAAGGAUCUUUUUUGUUUCAAACGUUUUCUUUUAGCUCCUAGCCACCAGUGCUUUGACACUUGUUUCUCUUAUUCUUCAAAGCAGUGAAAACAGCUGCUUUAAGAAACAUUUUAAGAAUGUUUAGGGCUACUCUUUUAUCUUUUAAAAAUUAGAAUAUACUAUAGCAAUAAAAAAAAUUCUGAAGUAAACUGUUGUUUGCUACAACUUAAGUGGUUUUUCUAAAAAAAAGCACAAUGUCAUUUAAAAGUGUUUAUUGAAAAAAAUUCACAUCUCAUAUUGAAUUUGUGAAGGCCAAAGACAUGGAAGGGAACAGUAAAUAAAGGUAUUUUCUAGCCACAUAGCUAGUAGAUUUUGUGUACCAGAACACCAGAGAACGUGUUUUACCCAGAUUUCAGAUCACUUUACUUUUUUACUGUUAGUCUGAAGUUUAACAAAACAAUUUUACCCAUAAUAUUUUAAGAUUGUUGUAAAUGAAUAUUUCCCUACCCUGAUUAAUUUAACUGCAUAUCCUCAUAUCUGCAACAUGAUGUAGCUGAUAAUAUUAGCUUCAAACCAAUCCCAUCCAGAGUUAAAAUCAUAGUAAUUAGCAAGACUAUAAAUUUAUGCUAUAGUAGCUUGUAAGUCUGUAAUAGUUUGAUAUAAAUAUAAUGGAAUAUACUAUAAAUGAUGGUUAAAGCAAGCAUUUUAGGAAAUUCUCAAAUUACCUUUCCUAAAGUACUAAUUUUCAAAUGAAUUUAGAAGUCAUCCAAUUAUCUUUUUAAAUUUUCUGCACUUGAGUUUUUUUUUUAAAUAAAACUUUUGAUAUUUAAGUUAUGCUUUUCAUGAACUGGACGUUUUAGAAUCAUCCUUGCUUUGUUUUAGUUUUGUUUAUUCUUUAAAGUGAAUGUUUAGUUUGCUGAGCCAGUUAGUCAUUUCUUCCUUUUGUCUUGUUAGUCCAAUGACUCUAAUCCUGAACUGUGAAUAAAUUACCAAAAACUUGCUAAGAAUUGCAUUUUGAAGCAAUUUGUCAAUAUUUGAAGUGUACACAUACUUGUAGUUGUGAUUGUGUUGUACCAAGAAUGUAGGUGAUGUUUACUGUAGUUGUUGGUAAGCUUUUUUGAUGCUGAAAGUUUAUUCACUACUAUGACUUUUAAAAACAAGAAAUGAUUUCAUAAAUAUCAGCAGAAGCCACAGGUCUCCACUCCAACUUCCCGAUUCUUUUGAAAGGAUGUGGGUCACGACAUAGGCUUUACUUUUUAUGUAUGACAUCAUGCUCCAUAGAUAUUAAACUGCCUCAAGUCUCUGAAAUUUUUGUAAUAGUGUGUUAUUUUCUAGCAGUUUUCCAGGGCGUACAGUGGUAAAUGAUUUUGUUGAAUUUUGAAUUGAUAGUUGCAAAAGAAGGUUCUUAAAGGUGGGUAACAAAACAGCUUGUAUACUCCAAAUCUG